UAGUCAGGGAGCAGAGUUGAUGAUUGCACAUGCAUGACUCUUUUAUGUCUCCUCCUUUUAAGGCUUGUUCUUGUUCUCUGAGGCCCAUGGAUUUCCAAAACCAGCUGUCGGUAUCGUCUUCAGUCAUUUUGCCAACAGACACAGUCCAUCUGUGCUGUUCAGUCCCUCGGCCUGCAGUAUCUCAGUGCUAUUUCUCUGUUGGAAAACACCAUGUACAGCCUGCACAAUCAUGUCAGCUGUCUCCCACAGGGGAACAGAUGAAAGCUUGGGGAGAUAUAAACCCUCCUUCAGAGCUUCAUGUGAAAUGUUACUACACUGUGAAAACCAGUCUUGGUGUUGAAAGUCCCUCUGAUCACUCUUCUUCUGUUUUAGUGUCUGUGCUGGGUAAUUUGCAGAAACCCAUUGUAAGCAUUCAGCAUGACUUAGCACAUAUACAGUUCCACAUUGUUUGUGAAAUACCCAAUCAGUCCUGGAAUGUCACCAGCUGUCAACUUUAUACUGGACAUGAAGAGGAAUUCUACUUAAAAGUUGAAAAAAAGAAAAAUUGCCAUUUUUAUGUGGAGGAGAAUGAUUUAUUCAGACGUCUGCAGUCAGUGAGAAGCAGAGGGGUGAGCUGUGAUUAUACAGUGAACACAGAACCUCCGUCACUCUCUCCACGCAGUGAUGAUUACACCAUUCAACGAUUCCAGACUACAAAUACUCCUGUGACAUCAUCAGGAGCUGGAAACCAGCCCCAGACCACCAACGUUCCUAUAAGAUCAUCAGAAACGGGACUCAUCAAUGUGAAGACAAAUCAUUCAACACCUUUUCCUGAGACAACCUCAACAUCCUCAUUUUCUGGUUUAAGGUCUCAGUCAACGCAUGUGACGCUCAAAGAUGCCACAACACUUGAUCACACAGGUAAAACCCUUAAUGCCACAGAUGCUUCAGCUACAGCUAGAACACUGAGCAUCGGAAUGUUGCUGAUCAUCAUAGCGGUGACGUCUUGCAUUCUCCUGACUGGCCUGUUCGCAGUCUGUUUCAAAUGGAAAUGCCCCUUGGAGGGCCCAGAUGAACCUGUUAGCAAAUUUGAAUUUGAUCUGCACAACCUUAAUUCAGAUAUGCUGCCUGAUGUCAACCAGGUUACAUGCUUCUGGUUUAAAAGAAAGAUACUGUACAGCAUCAUUCUAUACAUACCUGAUACACAUUGUUUUCUCUUUCAGAAAAACAUAAACACCAAAAGAACAGGUACUCCAGCCAGGACCAGACAGAGUAAGAUCAUAUAUGUGUUCACACCCACUAUUAUGUAUGUAUCAGGAGGAAUAUGCCAAUUUACUUUUUUUUGUGCUUCAGAUAAUCCCUCAGACAUUGUGAUGGCAUGCAAUACAGUUAGAACUGUUAAUGAUACAGCUGGAACCUACACCAUGAUCACCUCAAUACCCCUGACCGUAGCUCCAGAUGUUCAUAAAAAGACAGAUGUAUUCUCUGGACAGGAUGAUUCUCAUGUCUACAGCUCUAUAUCUGACAUACCAAGUGUCUCCAACCAAAGGGACCAGACGUACAGCUUGUUGCAGGACCACAAGAGUCCUGCAGUUACACAGCAGGACAUGACCGAGGCCUAGUCUGCUGCAGAUACACUGAUACAGCUGCAUACGUACAGUAUGUUAUGUAAUGGAUAGGGUAUUGUCCACUUGUCAUUAUUGGAAUAUAAUAUAUUUCUAAAACGGAUAGUUCUGUUUUUUGAUUAUGAUUGCCUGAAUUGCGUUCAAAGCCGUUGUAAAAUCCAGCACAAACAUACACCUUGACCACAUUUCGUUCUAUAUUUAUGCACUACCAUUACUUGAUACAACCACUCAGAUAGAGGAAAUAUUUUAUUAUUUGAAGAUUUUAUUUUAUGAAAUCUUAGCUGUUCUAAAAUCAGUGUAACCUAUGGCUUAUUGCUUAAAUACCUGUCUUGCUUCGUCCUGAAGAGACUUAUUUUCUGAUAAUGACCAGUGGACAAUACAUUAUCCUGCUUAUGCCUCCUUGCAAAAAUGAGAAAAGAACCUUCACACAUUUUAACACAUCAUUUGGUUACUGUAUCGUAGCUUCCACCGAGGAACAGAUUAAAAACAAACAAGUUCGUCACACAAUAGAGCUUGAAAGUUGCUGAUGUUGUUACAUAUUGCUUGCUGACUGCCCCUUUCAACGAAGCUCACAAUAAGUGAACGAACUACGCUCAAAAUGAUAUGAAAGACUUGAAUCAGAAGCACAAAACCCGUUGCCAUUGGCAGCAGUCAUUUCUUUUUUGCAGCUUCAUAAUACAGAAUUAUCGAACCCCCAAACGUUGGGAAGGUUCAUAUUAAUAGAACCUUCUGCAGCAUUUUGAAGAGCCAUAUAAUAAGGAAAUGAUGAAAGUUAAGCUAAUUAUUGAAUAUUUUAAAAUGAAUAUGAUUUCUUUAGUUACUUACACCUGUAAUUAUACUUAAAAAGCUU